CGGCAUUGAGAUACGGCAAUCAAAAAUGGCCUACGUCCCUCUCCCCUCUAGACCUAAUCAGCGGGUGGUCAUUGUCGGCGCUGGUAUCGUUGGCAGUUGCGUUGCUGCUAUCCUUUCUGAGCGUUUGGGUUCCAACAUCGUGCUGGUUGACCGCGACAUUCGAGAGCUUCCAGGCUCUACGGGCCACGCUCCUGGCUUGGUCGGACAGUACAAUGAACUGCCCGUCCUCACCGAACUUGCCAAGCGAUCAGUCAAGUACUAUCAGAACAUUGAUGGAGGUUUCGACCAAAGUGGGGGAUUAGAAGUAGGCCAAGGUUUGGAAAAGAGGUUUGAGGGAGCGCAAAAAGAAGGACUGGAAGCCAAGGUGCUCAACAAGGAAGAAAUUCUGCAGAUCGCGGGGGCAUUCGUGCGGGACGAUAUCUCAGACGGUCAUGCCGGCGUCUUUUUUCCCUCUGACGGCACAGCAAAUACAAUCACCAUUGCUUACCACCAACAGCACAAGGCAGCAUCCAAUGGCGCUACUUUGCUCAAUGCCGAUGUCAAGUCUGUCAUUGAGUCAUCCAAUGGCAACGGUCGCAUCCUUCAAACCUCUCGAGGCCGAAUUGAUUGCCACACCGUCAUUCUCUGCACUGGCAUUUGGGCUUCUCAGCUCUUCUCCGGCUUCACUCAAACGGUAGUCCCCGUUGCUCACCCAUAUUCAUAUUCCCUUCCCAAUAAUCACCAAUCUAAAACGCCUUUCGUUCGCUGGCCCUCAAAGCAUGUGUACGCCAGAGACCAUGGCAGGAUGGAUGGCUUGGGUUCUUAUGCCCACGCUCCUAUCCAUGUACACAGCGAUCAAAUCGGGGAAACUGCCUAUGGUCAAUGGGAGCCUUCAUUUGAUGAUGUUCUCAAGGAAGGCUACUCUCUUCUCCCACAAGAGACUGCAGAAAGAUUCAAGGGAGGUCAAAAAUUUAACGGUCUCUUCUCUGUCACACCCGACGGUCUGCCGUUGGUAGGAAAGCUUGAAGAUGGUUUGUGGUGUGCUGUGGCGGUUUGGGUGUCCCACGCGGCCGGAUGUGCUGGGCUUUUGGCGGACAUGUUCCUGGGAACUGCAGACGAGAAGGAUGCGGGAUUAAGAAAAGCUUUGGAUCCGAAGAGGUUCGAAGGAGAGGGCCUGGAAAGCAAGGCGUUGGCAAAGUACAAUGAUAUAUACAACAAGAUCAGUUAGAGGUGGAUUGAAGUAAAGGAACUUAAAACGCUGAAUUCAAGCUGUUGAAGAAGCGACGACAUAAAUCACAAUAGAUAUUCUUCAUCAUCAAAUGGACAACAUAUCUUUAUACAUGCUUCUGCUCUCCUUGGCACAUUCCACUAACCGAUCAAAAUUACUUGCAGGUUAUAACCUCAUACUCGACAGUGUUGUUGCCCUGUCCCCAUACUUUGGGUUUAAAAUCGACGUAGACGAGCUAGUAGCAUUGGGUCCAUUCGCCAUUGGUGUCUCGGUAAAACACAAUUUCGUUGCUUCCGGCAUCUCUGACUUCGGCAGUGGUGUGAGAGAUUUUGCCGUCGGUGGUCCACUUGAUUUCAUAACAGGUUGACUUGGUAACGGGGAAAGGUUUGGAGCAUCGAUGAUUGCCCUCUUUGUCGAUGCACUUUUCUA